AUGACAAGUUCUACCGGGUCGGGUCCCACGCGGAUCUCGAUUUUGGGCAAAGACGACAUCAUCGUCGACCAUGGCAUCUGGCUCGACUUUGUGACUCACGACCUCCUCCAAAACAUCCCCUCGUCCACCUACGUCCUCAUCACCGACACAAACCUCCACGACACCUACGUCCCUGCCUUCCAAGAGGUAUUCGAGAGGGCUGCUGGUCAAGAUGCCCGCCUCCUCACCUACACCAUCCCUCCCGGCGAGUACUCCAAGGGCCGCGAGACCAAGGCCGAGAUCGAGGACUGGAUGCUCUCCCACCAAUGCACCCGUGACACCGUCAUCAUCGCACUUGGUGGCGGCGUUAUUGGAGAUAUGAUCGGAUACGUGGCAGCCACCUUCAUGCGUGGUGUACGCUUCGUGCAGGUCCCUACGACACUGCUCGCCAUGGUCGACUCGUCCAUCGGCGGCAAGACGGCCAUUGACACCCCCAUGGGGAAGAACUUGGUUGGUGCCUUCUGGCAACCACGCCGCAUCUACAUUGAUCUUGCCUUCCUCGAGACUCUCCCCGUGCGUGAGUUCAUCAAUGGCAUGGCCGAGGUCAUCAAGACUGCUGCCAUCUGGAACGAGACCGAGUUCACCGCCCUCGAAGACAAUGCCCCUGCCAUUCUCGAAGCUAUUCGUUCCAAGCCCACGGGGACUGGUGCUCGCUUGGCUCCUAUUCGUGACAUCUUGAAGCGCAUUGUUCUGGGCUCAGCCGGUGUCAAGGCCGAGGUUGUGUCGGCUGAUGAAAGAGAGGGUGGGUUGCGCAACCUGCUCAACUUUGGCCACUCCAUUGGUCAUGCCUAUGAAGCUAUCCUGACUCCCCAGGUGUUGCAUGGCGAGUGCGUCGCCAUCGGAAUGGUCAGGGAGGCCGAGCUCGCCCGUUUCCUUGGUGUCCUUCCUCCCGGUGCUGUCGCUCGUUUGACAAAGUGCAUCGCCAGCUACGAGUUGCCCACCUCUCUUCACGACAAGCGCAUCGUCAAGCUGACAGCUGGAAAGGAGUGCCCUGUCGAUGUUCUCUUGCAAAAGAUGGGUGUCGACAAGAAGAACGACGGCCGCAAAAAGAAGGUCGUGCUCCUGUCGGCCAUCGGCAAGACGUACGAGCCCAAGGCUACCGUGGUGGAAGAUCGGGCUAUUCGCAUCGUCCUCUCUCCAUCCGUCCGGGUGACUCCCGGCGUGCCAAAGGGUCUCAAUGUUAGUGUCACUCCCCCAGGAUCCAAGAGUAUCUCCAACCGCGCUCUUGUGCUCGCGGCUAUGGGCGAGGGAACAACUCGUAUCAAGGGUCUGCUCCACUCCGAUGACACGCACUACAUGUUGACUGCCAUUGCUCAGCUCCAAGGUGCCACUUACACGUGGGAAGAGGCAGGUGAGGUCCUUGUCGUCAAGGGCAGAGGAGGAAAGCUGCUGGCCAGCAACGAGCCUUUGUAUCUCGGCAAUGCGGGCACCGCCUCUCGCUUCCUCACAUCUGUUGUGGCCCUCUGCUCGCCCACCGACACCACCACAUCCACUGUCCUCACUGGCAAUGCUAGAAUGAAGGUCAGACCAAUCGGCCCGCUUGUCGAUGCCCUUCGGUCCAACGGUGUGGCUGUCAAGUACCUGGAGAAGGAAAACAGCUUGCCAGUUCAGGUGGACGCUGUUAGCGGUUUCGCUGGUGGUGUGAUUGAGCUGGCUGCCACCAUCUCGUCGCAGUAUGUCUCUUCAAUCCUGAUGGCGGCUCCCUACGCCCGUCAGCCAGUGGUGCUCAAGCUGGUUGGAGGCAAGCCCAUCUCUCAGUUCUACAUCGACAUGACCAUUGCCAUGAUGGCUUCCUUUGGUGUCAAGGUCGAGCGCGAUGCUGAGGACCCCAACACCUACCAUAUCCCCCAGGGUUCUUACAAGAACCCCGAAGAGUACGUCGUGGAAAGCGACGCUAGCUCGGCCACGUACCCCUUGGCUGUGGCUGCCAUUACUGGCACGACCUGCACCAUCCCCAACAUUGGCCGCACAUCGCUCCAGGGAGAUGCUCGCUUUGCCGUCGACGUCCUCCGCCCCAUGGGCUGCACGGUCGAGCAGACCGACACCUCCACCACUGUCACCGGUCCCCCUGUGGGAGCCCUCAAGGCCAUUCCUCACGUAGACAUGGAACCUAUGACAGAUGCCUUCCUAACAGCCUCUGUCCUUGCUGCUGUUGCUUCAGGAACCACACAGAUUACUGGCAUUGCCAACCAAAGAGUGAAGGAGUGCAACCGCAUCAAGGCCAUGAAGGACGAGCUGGCAAAGUUCGGCGUGCACUGCUCCGAGCUCGAGGAUGGUAUUGAGGUCACCGGCAAGCCUUACAAGGAGCUGGCGAACCCCGAGCCCAUCUACUGCUAUGACGACCAUCGCGUUGCCAUGAGCUUCAGUGUUCUCUCCGUCCUGGCUCCCCACAAGGUUCUCAUCUUGGAGCGUGAGUGCACUGCCAAGACCUGGCCAGGUUGGUGGGACAUUCUGUCUCAAAAGUUCAACGUCCAUCUCGAGGGCGAAGAAGACCCUACGAAAAAGUGCACUGCCAAGUCUUCUCGUCCCAGCACCGACCGGUCCAUCUUUAUCGUUGGGAUGCGUGGUGCUGGCAAGUCUACUGCCGGCCGCUGGAUGUCGGAUAUCUUGAAGAGGCCAUUGAUCGAUCUUGACGUGGAGCUCGAAAAGAGAGAAAAGGCUACGAUCCCAGAAAUCAUUCGCAGCGAGCGAGGAUGGGAAGGGUUCAGAAAGGCUGAGCUGGAGCUCCUUGAAGAUAUGAUCAAGAACAACUCCAAGGGCCACGUCUUCUCUUGUGGCGGUGGUCUCGUUGAGACAGAGGCGGCACGCAAGCUGCUCAUUUCCUACCAAAAGAAUGGCGGCUCUGUUCUCCUGGUUCACCGGGACACUGACCAGGUUGUGGAGUACUUGAUGAGAGAUAAGACUCGCCCUGCCUACUCGGAAAACAUCCGUGAAGUCUACUACCGUCGCAAGCCAUGGUUCGAGGAGGUCAGCAAUUUCCAGUACCACAGCCCGCAUCACAAUGGCUCUGAAGAGGCGCCCGAAGACUUUAGCCGCUUCUUGUCAGUCAUCAGCGGCAGCUCUACUCACUUUGAGGAUGUCUUGGCCAAGAAGCACAGCUUUUUUGUCUCUCUGACCGUCCCUAAUGUGGCAAAGGCACUCGACAUCAUCCCCAAGGUGGUUGUCGGGUCCGAUGCUGUGGAGCUGCGUGUGGACUUGCUGGAGAGCUUGAAUCCAGAGUUUGUGGCAACUCAAGUCGCGCUUCUUCGGUCUGCUGCAAAGAUUCCUAUCGUCUACACAAUCCGUACAAUCAGCCAAGGGGGUAAGUUCCCCGAUGAUGACUACAAGCGUGCGCUUGAGCUCUACCAGAUCGGUCUUCGGACAGGAGUUGAGUAUCUCGACUUGGAGAUGACCAUGCCAGAGGAUGUCCUCCAGACUGUGACCGAGACAAAGGGCUUCACCCACAUCAUCGCGUCUCACCACGACCCCGAGAACAAGCUGUCUUGGAAGAAUGGCGGGUGGAUUCCUUUCUACAACAAGGCUCUGCAGUACGGAGAUGUCAUCAAGCUUGUGGGUAUGGCCCGCGAGGUUUCUGACAACUUCGACCUGACAAACUUCAAGAUGAGGAUGCUGGAGGCGCACAAGAAGCCCAUCAUCGCUUUGAACAUGGGCACCGCGGGCAAGCUUAGUAGGGUGCUCAACGGAUUCUUGACCCCGGUCUCUCACCCAGCUCUGCCAUCUAAAGCGGCACCUGGACAGCUCUCGGCAGCGGAGAUCAGGCAAGCAUUGUCUCUCGUUGGCGAGCUUGAGCCAAAGUCUUUCUAUCUGUUUGGAAAGCCCAUCUCAUCCUCGCGCUCUCCUGCGCUGCACAAUGGACUGUUUGCCCAGACCGGCCUUCCUCAUCAGUACUCACUGUUCGAGACAGACGUCGCUGCUGAUGUCAAGGACAUCAUCCGGUCUGCCGACUUUGGCGGUGCCUCUGUCACCAUCCCGCUCAAGCUCGACAUCAUUCCUUUACUGGACGAGGUAUCAGACGCCGCAACCGCCAUAGGAGCCGUGAACACCGUCAUCCCCGUCUCCCCAGAGGGCAGUGACAAGACCAUUCUCCGCGGAGAUAACACCGACUGGAUGGGCAUGGUCUUUUCUCUCCGGCAAGCCGGUAUCGCCCCUCGCACCAAGACCAACCCGGGCGCCGGCAUGGUGGUCGGAUCAGGCGGCACUACUCGCGCCGCCGUCUACGCCCUCCACGACCUUGGAUACUCGCCCAUCCACAUUGUCGCCCGCAGCCCGGAUCGCGUCAAGGCGAUUGCCGACUCCUUCCCUGAGGACUACAACAUCCAGACCUUGUCCACGCCUGAGGAGGUCAAAGCGGCGACGGAUGCCCUCCCGACGGUGGUUAUUAGUAGCAUCCCCGCCGACAAGCCCAUUGACCAGAGCAUGCGCGAGGUGCUGGUUGCUUCGCUGAGGCACCCUGCCAAGUCGGAGAAGGAGCCGCGGGUGCUGCUGGAAAUGGCUUACACGCCUCGCCACACGCCACUGAUGCAGCUGGCGGAGGAUGCGGGGUGGAAGACGAUUCCCGGGCUGGAGGUGCUGGCUGCUCAGGGUUGGUAUCAGUUCCAACUCUGGACAGGAGUCACCCCCUUGUACGCCGAUGCUAGGGCUGCUGUGAUGGGGGACUCGGAGUGA